CACAGGCCACAGCAGGCAGCCCACCGCGCGCGCGCGCCGCGGCAUCCUGAAGAAGAGGAAACGCUCUUCCGCUUGCCUUUAUAACUUACUCCGCAGAGCUUAAACCCGGGUACAGACGCGCGACGACCCCGUCGGUCUUCUCCUCCUCCUAAAGCUGUUGCCGCCCUGCCCUCAGCACUCAACACAACAGCCUUCAAUUCCUCUCUCGCUCUGAACUCCCGAAGCGCCGGCCGGCGAGCGAUCAAGAACACAACCCAAGAUGGUGCUCUCCCACGCCGUGUCGGCAGGAUCGUCCGAUGACUCGGUGCACUCCACCUUCGCCUCCCGCUACGUCCGCGCCGCUCUGCCCAGGUUCCGGAUGCCGGAGAACUCGAUCCCGAAGGAGGCGGCGUACCAGAUCAUCAACGACGAGCUGAUGCUGGACGGGAACCCGCGGCUGAACCUGGCGUCCUUCGUCACCACCUGGAUGGAGCCCGAGUGCAACAAGCUCAUGAUGGACUCCAUCAACAAGAACUACGUCGACAUGGAUGAGUACCCGGUCACCACCGAGCUCCAGAACCGAUGCGUGAACAUGAUCGCGCAUCUCUUCAAUGCUCCUCUCGGGGAGACGGAAACGGCCGUCGGAGUCGGCACGGUCGGCUCGUCUGAGGCCAUCAUGCUCGCCGGGCUGGCCUUCAAGAGGCGGUGGCAGAACAAGAUGAAGGCCGCCGGCAAGCCCUGCGACAAGCCCAACAUCGUCACCGGCGCCAACGUCCAAGUUUGCUGGGAGAAGUUUGCCCGCUACUUCGAGGUGGAGCUCAAGGAAGUGAAGCUGCGCGAGGGGUACUACGUGAUGGACCCCGAGAAGGCCGUGGAGCUGGUCGACGAGAACACCAUCUGCGUCGCGGCCAUCCUCGGCUCGACGCUCAACGGGGAGUUCGAAGACGUCAAGAUGCUCAACGACCUCCUCGUCAAGAAGAACGAGGAAACAGGCUGGGACACGCCGAUCCACGUGGACGCGGCCAGCGGUGGGUUCAUCGCGCCGUUCCUGUACCCUGAGCUGGAGUGGGACUUCCGUCUGCCGCUGGUGAAGAGCAUCAACGUGAGCGGGCACAAGUACGGGCUCGUCUACGCCGGGAUCGGGUGGUGCAUCUGGAGGAGCAAGGAGGACCUGCCGGAGGAGCUCAUCUUCCACAUCAACUACCUCGGUGCCGACCAGCCCACCUUCACCCUCAACUUCUCCAAAGGUUCCAGCCAAGUUAUUGCUCAGUAUUACCAGCUGAUCCGCCUUGGCUUCGAGGGGUACAAGAACAUCAUGGACAACUGCCGGGAGAACGCGAAGGUGCUCAAGGAAGGCCUGGAGCAGACGGGUCGGUUCAACAUCGUGUCCAAGGACGAAGGGGUGCCGCUGGUGGCCUUCUCCCUCAAGGACAGCAGCCGGCACGACGAGUUCGAGAUCUCCGAGUUCCUGCGCCGCUUCGGCUGGAUCGUGCCGGCCUACACCAUGCCCCCCGACGCGCAGCACGUCACGGUGCUCCGCGUCGUCAUCAGGGAGGACUUCAGCCGCACCUUCGCCGAGCGCCUCGUCAUCGACAUCGAGAAGGUGCUGCACGAGCUCGACGCGCUGCCGUCGCGCGGCGGGCCGCCAUCGCUGACGAGUGCCAACGCUAACGGCGACGCGCCGAGCGAGAGGGACAUUGAGAGGCAGCGCGAGGUGGUCGCCAUCUGGAAGAUGGCUGUCCUGGCCAAGAAGAAGACCAACGGCGUCUGCUGAUUUAAGCCUCUGCCUCGGGGAUGCUACUCUGUUCUGGGGAAAAGACUGAAAUUUAUCUUGCUUUUGUGAUUUGGUUUCCAAAUUAAAGGUUGCAUCUGUCCGUGGUACUAGUAAUUUUUAGAGGACGGAAUUAAGAGUUGUGGCUCCAUUUGGUCGCGUAUGUUCCGGUACGUGUUAAACAGCAGCACUGUACUCGGAUAUGUUCCUGUAAACAGCGCUACUGUACUUACAUGUUGCAUGGUGUAUGUACGGUAUUGAGAUUGCUAGGAGUA